AGAGGUACCACAGUAUAAACUGUAUGGCAAAAUCCCCACCCAACUCUGUCAGUGGAACACGAUGGCAGAUGCCAGACCUACAUAAGUAUUGUUGCUGACCAAGUGCAUCCCUCCAUGGCUGCAGUCUACUCAUCUUCUAAGGGCUUCUAGCACCAUGUGACGCAUGAAGUCACACCCUGACCUCAGUCCAAUAGAGCACCUUUUUUUUUUUGGCACUUGCUAGAACGGGAGAUUUGCAGCAUGAACGUGGAGCCAACAAAUCUGCAGUAACUGUGUGAUGCUAUCAUGUCAACAUGGAGCCGGAUCACUAAGGAAUGUUUCAGAAUCAGAAAAAGAACAAAACGAGGCAAAGCAUGACAACUCAUCGUCCCCUGGAAUGACGGACCAGGAGAAAGAAAUGGCAGCCAGAGCAUAUGAAGCAUUUACGGCUGCGAAGUACGACGAGUCUCUCAAACACCUGGAAGCCCUGCAGGAGCUCAACAAAGAGGACUACAAGAUCGCCCUGAAUAAAGCCGUCGUCGAGUUUUACAAGAGCAGUCAAACUACCACAGGGACUCUGAAGCAGACACUAAUGGCAAUGAAGAACCAGGUUCACACAUCCGCAGAGGACAUUGACGGCUUGGAUGAUGUUGAAAAUAGCUUGCUGUACUAUAAUCAAGCCAUCGUCCACUAUCAUAUGCGACAGUACUCUGAAGCGAUCGCCAUAGGGGAGAGGCUCUACCAGUUUCUGGAACCAUUUGAAGAGAAGUUUGCUCAGGCGGUGUGCUUCCUGCUGGUGGAUCUGUACCUGCUCACCUUCCAGCCGGAGAAGGCCCUCCAUCUGCUCACUCUGCUGGACAAGCUCUCUGUACAAGGAAGCAGCAAGAACGGCAAAGGAGAGAGCAACAGUUCAAACAAAGAUGCCGCAAACCACAAGGCAGAGUUCACAGCCAUGAUUGAGGCGGCCAAAUCAAAGAUGCACCAGUACAAAGUGAGAGCCUACAUCCAGAUGAAGUCCUCCAAGGCCUGUAAAAGGGAGAUCAAAUCGGUGAUGAACACAGCGGGGAACUCUGCACCCUCACUCUUCCUCAAGAGUAAUUUUGAGUACCUGAGAGGAAACUACCGGAAAGCAGUGAAGCUAUUGAACAGCUCCAACAUCGCAGAGCAUCCUGGACCCAUCAAGACGGGUGAAUGUGUUCGGUGUAUGUUCUGGAACAAUCUGGGCUGCAUUCACUUUGCAAUGGGGAAACACAACCUCGGCAUUUUCUACUUCAAGAAGGCGCUGCAAGAGAACGACCACACCUGCGCUCAGCUGGGAGACGGCAGCAGCGGGCAAUCUAAGAAAUUCACAGGUAUCCCCAUGUGUGCUCUACUAGCCAACAAGCGCUAUGAGCUGCUGUAUAACUGUGGUAUUCAGCUGCUGCACAUCGGCAGGCCUCUGGCAGCCUUUGAGUGUCUGAUGGAGGCCGUGCAGGUUUACCACUCCAACCCUAGACUGUGGCUGCGACUGGCAGAGUGCUGCAUCUCUGCCAACAAAGGGGGGUCGGAACAGGAGAGCAAAGGUUUACCUUGUAAAAAAGGAAUAGUUCAGUCUAUUGUCGGGCAAGGUUACCAUCGCAAGAUCGUCCUGGCAUCCCAGUCUACACAGAACACUAUCUACAGUGAGGGCCAGUCAGCAGCUAUCCCAGUAGCCAGCAUGGAGUUUGCAGCCAUCUGCCUGAGGAACGCUCUGCUCCUCCUGCCUGAACAUCAGCAGCAGGACACCAAGACAGAGAACGGCUCCAAGAGCUCCAGCCAGUCAGGAAGCACUGAGAGCGGCAGCGAGAACAGUGAUGCCUGCAGUGGGAAAGGUCCGGAGGCUGAUAAGUUCCUGUCUGCAGCUCCGUCGUCUCCUCUCAGGAAACAGGAGGUGGAAAAUCUCAGGUGCUCCAUCCUGGCCUGCAGUGCCUAUGUGGCGUUGGCGCUGGGAGACAACCUGAUGGCUCUAAACCACGCGGAGAAACUGCUGCAUCAAACCAAGGUGUCAGGAUCCCUCAAGUUCCUGGGUCACCUCUAUGCUGCUGAAGCCCUCAUCUCACUGGACAGGAUCUCUGAUGCUAUCGCUCACCUCAACCCAGAGAAUGUCAGCGAUGUGUCAAUGGGCGUGCUGACCAGCGAGCAGGACCAAGGGUCUGACAAAGGAGACGAGCCUGUCGAGUCCCCAGGGAAGCAGACUCCCCUGUGUUACCCCAGCAGUGUGACAUCAGCUCGGGCCAUGAUGCUCUUCAACCUGGGCAGCGCCUACUGUUUGAGGAGCGAGUACGACAAGGCUCGCAAGUGCCUGCAUCAGGCUGCAUCUAUGGUGAACACCAAGGAGAUUCCACCUGAAGCCAUCCUGCUGGGAGUCUACUUGGAGCUACAGAACGGAAACACCCAGCUGGCCCUGCAGAUCAUCAAACGGAACCAGCUGCUGCCCGUGGUGCAGAGGGUUUCCCCAGAAUCACGCAAGAAACCCGUCCAGUCGGUCCAGCCCUUCCAGUCUGUCCAGCAGCCCAUCCAGCUGCCCUCAUCCUUCACACAAGUUCAACGCAAAUGAGCCUCAACAGCAACCUCUGACAUCUUCCCCCCCCCCCAACUCAACACACCACACACCCCGAAGAGCCUUGAUAUUU